GAUUAGACUCAAGACUAAGCGGUCGUGACUAUUGUGCUGAGUAUAAUGAAACAUUUUAAUUAAUUACGAAUUAUAAUAAUUGUGCGGAGUCGUAAUAUUGAAAAGUGUGUCGCGUUGUUUUAAGUGAGGCAUCAUUGUUUCUACAAGAUGAACUAAAACUAUUAGAACCGAGCUGAUUUCCCUGUGUUAGUAUGUCUAACCCGGGUUUAAGCCCUUUCGGGCGUAGCCAAUUGCUAAGACGUAGCCCACCCCCAACGCCCUUACCCUCAGAACAACAUCAACAAAGAGACCCAGAGCCAUCGGCGCCCACAGACGUUGCAGUUGAAAUUAUCUGUACGCCAGAAAUACAGAAAUGGAUGGGUGCCAUUGAGACAAUCCUAUCUGAAAUUUGCACUAUCGUGGCGGAUGGAAAAAUGAACACUGACCAGAAGUUGCGCGUCACUAACCUUUGCCGAAAAGUCUCGCAUGGGACAUCUCAACUGGCGGUACAGUACCAGUCCCUUAAGCAAAAAACCCUCCAAGCACAAGUAACCAUUCAGCAUCUUCAAGGUCGACAGGACAUUGCAGACUCGAUCGAAGAAAUAAAAAAGGCAGUUGAAAAGGAUCGGAAUAUUGGAAGUGUUUCUUAUGCCAAUGUGGUGAAAAAAGGACAAGAUUUAAUACGCCCAGCCAAUUUCCAAUCUUUAGCCAUAUACCCUGCAGAUAGGACGCAGUCCAGUGACGACACAAAAACUUUAGUUCAAAAAAUAAUCUCGCCUGAAGAAUUAAAACUGCGAGUCCGCGGCAUGAAAAAAAUUAGGAAUGGAGGCGUGAUAAUCAGUGCGGAUAGCAAAGGAGAUAUUGAGAAACUGAAAGCUUCCGAAAAACUCGUUUCUUCUGGCCUAAAAUGCGAAGAGCCUUCCAAACGUCGUCCCAGAAUAGCAGUCAUUGGGGUCCCGGUUGCUCUUACGGAAAAAGAAGUAUUGGACUGUAUAUUCGAACAAAACCUUUCCGAAAAGCUGACCAAUACCUCGCGUGAGUCCUUUUUAGAAAAUAUAAAACUCAGCCACAAAUCAGGGAAGAAAGAUCGGCCUACCUGUAAUUUUAUCCUCGAGGUACCUGCAAGCAUUAGAAAAAUGCUGAUAACUCAAGGCCGGAUUUUUAUAAAUUGGACGUCAUGCCCAGUGCGGGAUUUUACGAUUGUUACUAGAUGCUUCAACUGCCAGCAGUUUGGUCAUGCAGCCAAGUUUUGCCGCGAAACUAGCCCCACAUGCAACCUCUGCGGGGAGACAGGUCAUGCUUUUAAAGAAUGUCCCAACAAAUCGCGUCCACCCAAUUGUGGUACCUGCAAACGCUUCAAGCGCAAGUGUGAUCAUCCCACAGGUGAUAUGAACUGCCCGGCACGCAAGUAUGCUGAAGACAAUUUCAUUAAUUCUAUUGAUUAUGAAGGCGCCUAAGAGCGCCACCUAUAUAUUUAUUAAGUAGCACAUAUAUACUAGGGUUUACACCUUUAUUUAUUUUGGUAAUUUCUAACUUUAUGACGCAGCAAUUAAUCACCGACAUUGAUAGUUUUUCCGUAUCUGAAGUCAUAGUUUGUAAUAUUGAGGAGUGCAAGAAAUAUUGUACGGCUGGAAAUAAAACGAUUACUUUACUAACCCAAAAUAUUCGCAGUAUAAACCGUAACUUUACCGGUUUUCAAUUACUAUUGCAAAAUCUUGACUUAUGCUGUGAUAUUAUUGUGCUAACAGAAUGCUGGCUAUCAAAACAAGCAGACAAUCUGCCAUCGCUUGACGGUUAUACGCUAUAUAAAACUAAUUUAAAUACCAACCAAAAUGAUGGCCUAAUUGCUUACAUUAAAAUACCUUAGAAGUAACAGUAGAAGAACCAUUGCUUCUAGGCUGUAAUUGCCUAUUAAUUAAAAUUAACCCCGAUAUUGUAGUGAUGGCUAUUUAUAGGCCUCCAUCCCAAAACAUGGACAUAUUUCUAGACUCGCUCAGUGCUACAUUAAGUAAAAUUUCCUGUCAUAAAAAUAUUAUACUUUUAGGUGACAUUAAUAUUAAUAUAGCUCCAGGGAAAACUGAAACCCAUGCACAUAACUACCUCAACAUCUGCACAUUUCAUGGUCUUUUGCCAGCACACAAUCAUCCCACUCACCAGAGUGGUUCAUGCUUAGAUCAUAUCAUCAUUAAGACAAAAUCGCCAUCUAAAACAUUCAUUACUAAUUCAUCGCUCACGGAUCAUCAGGCUAUAUUAUUAACUCUACAAAUAUCUCCAUCUAGAAAAAACUGCUUGCGUAAUAUUGAAAAAUUAAAUAUGAAGAGUCUUGAAAACGACAUGCGUGACAUCGAUUUUGACCCUGUUUUUAAUUCAAAUGAUCCGAAUGCCUCGUUGCAGUAUUUUAUUGAGGCGUUACAAACACGCAUCAGCAAUAACACAUCAAGCAAAAUAAUAUCUAGAAGGUAUUCUAACAUCAAACCUUGGAUAACUCCGGUCUUGUCCGAUGUAUUCGCCAUAGAGACAAACUUCAUCAAAAGUGGAAGCAAACACCCAACAAUACAAUACUUUCAGUCACAUAUAAACGAUACAGAAACUUUUGCAAUAAUCUGUUGAAAAAACAAAAAAUACAAUACGACCGUGCACAGCUUCAGAAAGCGGGAAAGAAUAAUAAGCUAAUUUGGAAAUUCAUAAAAAGCAACACUUUCAAACAAACAAAAGUAGACACUCAGCUUGAUCUUUUAUCAACCUGUUUGAACCCAUCCGAAGCAACAAAUAAAGUAAACAACUAUUUUGUUAACGUUGGCAAAAAUUUAGCUGAAAAAACCUUUUCCAGAACUGCAAUCAAUCAAUGUUUGCCUGAGACACAUAACUCUUUGGGCUCUUUCGUAUUGUUAGAAACAGACGUCCAGGAAGUGUUAUGUAUAAUUAAUGGUUUAAAAGACGUUUGUGCUGUGGGUUGGGAUAACAUCCCUAACAAUGUGCUAAAAAGUUUCAAACACCUUAUUGCACCGCCUCUAACACACAUUUUUAACUUAUGCCUAAGUAAAGGAACAUUUCCGAAUUUGCUUAAGAAAGCUGUCGUAAGCCCUGUUUUUAAAGCUGGGGACAAAGCCAAUGUCACUAAUUAUCGACCCAUUGCAGUAUUAACAGGUCUUUCAAAGAUUUUGGAAAAAAUAAUAAACAGUAGAUUAAUUAAGUAUCUUGAAAAUAACAACUUACUAUCGGAUCAACAAUUCGGAUUUAGGCCUAAAAGAUCUACUAACCAAGCAGUUCAUAAAUUAACAAAUCUCAUCUGUUCUAAUCUAGAUAAUAGCAUGAUCACUAUUGGGAUCUUCUUAGACCUUGCCAAAGCAUUUGACACCAUUUCUUGUUCCCUAUUAUUACACAAACUGGAAAAAAUGGGGGUAAGAGGAGCACAACUAAAAUUAUUUUCUGACUAUCUCAGUGAUCGUCACCAAUGU